AUGAUUGCAAACAAUGGCAAUGAAAGCAAAGGCGACGACAAUGAAGAGUACGAGACGACAGAUCGCAGGCGUCGAAUGGCAUUCCUCGACAGCCUUCUGAGCGAACACUUCAGAAACAGCGAAUUCACCGAAGAGGACAUCCGCGAAGAAGUGGACACUUUUAUGUUUGAAGGACACGACACCACAUCGAUGGCCAUCAGUUGGACACUGCAUCUCAUUGGCCUCAAUCCGGACAUACAGGACAAGUGUCACCAGGAGUUGGACGCCGUACUCAACGCAUCGGCCGACGACUGGGUCGGCGAACGGCGGAUGAUAUCGAUGAACGAAUUGCGAGAAAUGAAAUAUCUGGAGGCGUGUAUUAAAGAGGCGUUACGUCUGUACCCAUCGGUGCCAUUCGUGGGCCGACACCUAAACGAGGACACAACGAUCAACGGGUAUGCAGUGCCGGCUGGGGUGACGUGUCUGGUGUUUCUAUAUCAGGUGCAUCGCGACCCGCAGUGUUUCCCGCAGCCGGAGGUGUAUCGGCCCGAGAGGUUUCUGGACAACAGUCAUAUGACACGACAUCCGUUCGCAUUCGUGCCGUUCAGUGCCGGCGCUCGCAAUUGCAUCGGACAGAAGUUCGCACUCCUCGAGGAGAAGACUAUUUUGGCCACAAUUUUGCGCAACUAUACGAUCAAGUCGUUAGAUCACACCGAUGUCAUCAAAAUAGCGCCCGAACUCGUUAUUAGACCCAAAACACCCAUUCGUAUGCAGUUUACGCCUAGACUUUAG